AUACACGUUUAACGUUAGUUCAGUAUUCAGCCAAUGAGUGGCGCAAGUAUAAUCGGCCACAUGUAAUGAAUACAAAAAAAAAAGAAAAAAAAAUAAUGUUAUUAUAGUGUAGUUAAAGUUAAUAAUUUGUAAUUUUAAUAAUCUUAACAAUAAAUGAUGAAGAAAGUUAACUUAGCAUUAGGAUUAUCCGUAAUAAGUGGCAUAGGUGGUUGGUAUGCUGGAAAAUAUUCAGAACGAGGAAAAUCUUCUGAUAUUGUGGAAAACAAUGGAAGAAAUAUUUUUCAAAAGAUUAAUCGUAUGUUCAGUGAUUUACCAUUAUUUGGCACAGUAUUUGGAGCUACUUUAUCAAGACCUGCAGAUAUUGAAUCGAAUAUGGGCUCAAAAUUAUCUACGACUGCAACAAGAGUAUCAGAGAUUAUGAAAUUUGGUUUCCCCGGUUAUGAUAAUAUCAGAUCAUAUGAAGAUUUUGUAUUAUCUUAUGACAGAAGAAAUCGUGUCGCUCAUUGGGUAUUUGAACACUUAACGAAAGAAAGAUUACAAUAUAAUGAAACCGUAGAUCGUUCAAAGUGUGAAUUUAAGCCAGAUACUAGUAUACAUCCUUAUUUUAGAUCGGAUAACAGCGAUUACAAAGGAAGUGGUUAUGAUCGUGGCCAUUUAGCUGCUGCUGGAAAUCAUAAAAUGCACCAAGGGCUUAUAGAAGAAACAUUUUUUCUUUCAAAUAUGGCACCACAAGUUGGCAAUGGUUUUAAUCGUCACUCUUGGAAUAGAUUAGAAAAAUAUGUAAGAAAAUUAACUAAAGUUUAUAAAGAUGUCUAUGUUUGUACAGGUCCAUUAUAUAUUCCAAAAAAAGAGGGUACAGAUGGUAAAUUGUAUGUACGCUAUGAAGUUAUUGGUGCAAAUCAUGUCGCAGUACCAACACAUUUUUAUAAAGUAAUCGUUGGGACAAAUGAUAACUCUAAUUUUGAAAUGGAGGCUUAUGUAAUGCCAAAUAUGCCUAUUGAUGACAAUACUCCUCUAACAAGUUUUCAGGUACCACCGGAAACUAUUGAAAGAGCUGCAGGUCUUUUAUUUUUUGAUAAAUUAUCUCGUGAAAAAUUAACAAAAAUCAAUGGGAAAAGUAUAGCUUAAUUUUAUUUCAAAUCUACAAUGAAGUAGUAGCUAAUUUUUAUAGAGUCAACUUUGAACUUUUUUAUAAUAGCAGCAUAUAAUAGCACAGUCAGAAGCGAUUAUCAAUUCAAAGUAUUAAUCAUGUCGGUUGUUGAUGCAAAUGUAAGAAUAAGAAAUGAAAUAAUAAAAUGUAUUAUUAUUAUUUAUA